AUGUCCGCUAUUCACCUCGCUCAUAUCAGUCAACUAACUGAGCGACUGAACAAAAUAAUCAAUGACGUGAACCCAAUCGACUGGUAUUCAGAAGCAGCAACCGCAGAUCUCAACGCUUAUCUGGAAUCAAUUCAACAACAAUACGAACUUUCCAAAACAAAAAUCCAGCGUCAUAUCACCGAGAUAUCGCAAUAUGCAGACGAGUGGCAACAAUCACUCAAAAGCUCAAGGACAACCCAAGCCGAACUCACCGCGUACAACGAAGCUGUCAAGGAUCCCCAAGGUUUCUUUUCCGCAAUAUCUACAGCAAAAGAUAUCAUUGACGAAAUCAACGCGAAUUUCAAAAUUAUCGACACUAAGUUACGUUCCACUUCAACCGCCUACUCCCCAUCAAUCACCCAAACAACCCUCAACACCUCGAAUCGCAACGACAUUUCCAACCCUUAA